GAGGGAGUGAGAGAGUAGGAAGAGAGUGGGAGAUAGAGAGAGAUACUAAGACUGUGGUGGUGUGCACUCCUAUCCAGUCAGUGAGACGGGGAGGGAGCGAAGCAAGAGUUGGUUGGAUCAUUUACAGUCUUCAUGGAUGAAGAAGAGGAAAGACAAGAGGAAGGAGAAUAAUCCAAGAAGGACUACUCUUUAUGGACUUCUGACACCGAGAAGAAUGAGUGAAUAUUUUUUUAAGGAUCCAACAACAAUUCUUGAACUGCUCUUGGACGAGGCAGAAGAUGAAAUGAGCCAUUUGCAUCGUUAGUUGAAGUCAAACUGUUGGAUAGAGAGGAGACGGUGUAGUGACCACAGCAGCUCUGGAGCAUCCGUCCCCACCUCGCAUGGUUACUCAAAUCCAAAGAUCUGAAGUAGCUACAAGCCUCCCUUUUCCUGAAGUCAAGCCAUUCUUUCGGACGACGACCUUCCCAUACACUGCUGAAUGAAACCACACACACACAUUUUGGUGAUCAUGUGUGUCAUGGUGGUUGGACACGGACACACUCACCUCGUCUCCGGUGAUUCGGGGCGCAGCGACAAACUGGAGACCCGUGGUCGAUUUGCAAGUCAAUGUUGACUGGAUCCAGUUAGUGAAGACUGAUGGGAAAGGUGGAGAGUGAAGGCCUCUUCCAUUAGUGCUCUCGGGGGAGACAAGGACCUGGUGGAUGAUGUCCGAACUCGCUGACCUGUUCCUAACAUGUUCUGGACAUGUUGCACUCUGGGGAAUCUACAUGGCUGACUGACAAGUUUGAGUUUUAGAGGACAUGCUAAUAGAUGGAAACUGUUUUUAUUAAUAUUUUUAUUUGCACAUCUCAAACACAACUCCUUGUCUUCUUGUUGUGGACAAAUGAGAAAGCAAAGAUUUGGAUGUUGGAUGCACAACGAGCCAGAGCUGUGCAGAGGAAAAGUCACGCAUGUUAAUUUGUUUCUCUGGGUUUUGUAUCUCUCCUGACCUGGAAUAUCAUCAGACAAUAACAAACAAGAGAACCCAGCAAAAUCUUGUUCUUCAACGAGGGGUCACAACAUCUCCAAUGCAAAAGCGAUCUGAGAAAGAAGCCGCUGCAUACAUUUGAGUACAGCUCUUUCCUUUGAUUUAUUACUUUUGAGGACAAGGGAAAAACAUCUGUCUGACCGGAAAUAACUUUUCCACGGGUUUGUCUGGAUGUAAUGCUCCUCUUUUUGGAUCUGAGGUGGACUGCAUGCCCUGAUUACACAGCCCUGGUGUUCAGAGGGAAGGGAUAAUGCAUAUUCUUCUCUGCUCAGAAAAAGAAGCCACCAUGAGUAACGUCACGGUCACCGACAACACAGAACCCAUCAGCCACGCCAUGAGUCCGGCCACCCCCGGCCCGUACUCCUACCCCGUCAGUUUUCAGGUCUCCCUGACAGGCUUCCUGAUGCUGGAGAUCCUACUGGGGCUAAGCUCUAACCUGACCGUGCUCGCCCUCUACUGCAUGAAGUCAAACCUCAUUAGCUCUGUCAGCAACAUAGUCACGAUGAACCUCCACGUGUUGGAUGUGCUGGUGUGUGUGUGCUGCAUCCCUUUAACCAUUGUAGUGGUGCUGCUUUCCCUGGAAGGAGACACUGCUCUUGUGUGUUGCUUCCACGAAGCCUGUGUCUCUUUUGCAAGUGUUGCCACUGCUGCCAACGUGCUAGCCAUCACCCUUGACCGCUACGACAUCUCAGUGAAACCAGCCAACAGAGUGCUGACCAUGGGCCGUGCUCUGGUCCUGCUGGCUAGCAUAUGGGUGCUAUCCUUUGCUAGUUUUCUCAUACCCUUUAUCGAAGUGGGCUUCUUUGCUCAAGGCCACGCUGAACUGAACCAGACAAUGGUGGAGAACGUUGUUCACACAAACCAAUAUUACACUGAACUGGGCCUCUAUUACCACUUGCUUGCUCAGAUCCCUAUUUUCUUCUUCACUGCCAUUGUGAUGCUCAUUACUUACUCAAAGAUCCUACAGGCACUCAACAUUCGCAUCGGCACACGUUUUCACGCUUCACAGAAGAAAAAGGCUCGCAGGAAAAAGCGUCCAUCCAUGACAGCCAUGACAACACAGCAGGAGGCCACAGAUGGUUCUCAGAGCAGUGGCAGCCGCAAUCCCACCCUGGGCAUGCGUACCUCUGUAUCUGUCAUCAUUGCCCUGCGUCGGGCUGUGAAGCGCCACAGGGAGAGGCGAGAGCGCCAGAAGAGGGUUUUUAGGAUGUCUUUGUUGAUUGUGUCAACCUUUUUGCUUUGCUGGACACCCAUCACUGUUCUCAACACUGUCAUCCUGAGCAUAGGCCCCAGCGACCUCAUGGUCAAGUUGAGGCUGGGCUUUCUGGUGAUGGCUUAUGGGACCACAAUCUUUCACCCUCUGCUUUAUGCCUUCACACGUCAGAAGUUCCAGAAAGCCUUGAAAAGCAAGAUGAAGAAGCGAGUAGUGUCAAUCAUUGAAGCCGAUCCCACCCCAAAUAACGCCAUUAUUCACAACUCAUGGAUUGACCCAAAAAGGAACAAAAAAGUAACAUUUGAGGACAAAGAUGCACCGAUGAAAGGUCUUUCAUCUGAGGAUGUUGAGUAAGAGGAACUACUUCUAACAAAGGACUACAGACAAGCAGCUAAAACUGACAUCAGGCCAACUUGAAAAAGGGAAAACCUUGAUCCAAAGCGGUAUUUACUUUUAUGUGCAAUAACAUGUACAUAAAAAAGUGGAUAAUUUAUUACUAUUUAUUGAGAACAAAGGUGAGUUUCAUAGAUGUAAUAAAUAUUGUACUGUAGAUAUUGCAUGGUCUUUUGUAACAUCAGCAGCAUACAGUGUGCACAUGCAAAUCCAUGUACAGGAUGGGUUGAACAAGGUAUAUAAAUUUAGACAAAAGUAGGAGUUGUUAUGUAAACGAAUAUUUAUAAUAAAUUAUGUGUUCACUUCCAAUGUAAGCAAAAGGCUUCCUAUUCUGCUCUCCUUCGACUGCAAUGUUUGUGAAUCUGUGUGAGAUGAGUGACGUUUAUCACUUCCCAUUCCUUCUGAGGCCACUACCCUCAUGAUUUAGGAGUUUACAGAAAGGAAAGUCACACUUAAAGUGAAUAUUAGUCCACCCAUCCAUUUUCUUCCGCUUAUCCGAAGUCGGGUCGUGGGGUCAACAGCCAAGUCAAGAAGCCCAGAUUUCCCUCUCCCCAGCAACUUGGGCCAGCUCUUCUGAGGAAACCUCAAGGCAUUCCCUGGCCAGGUGAGAGACACAGUCACUCCGACAUAUCCUAUUUAAAAAGUAUUCAGUCUUCUCCUGGUUAGAUGUGCCCAGAAAACCUCACCGGGGAGGCGUCCAGGAGGCAGAUGCCCGAGCCACCUCAAUUGGCUCCUCUCGAUGUGGAGGAGCAGCGGGUCUGCUCCGAGCCUCUGAUUGAUAAUUGAUCAAAAUUAGAGUUUGACAAAAAUGAAAAAUAAAAGUAUGUUUGUGCUUUAACUCCUAGGAUCAAGGGCCGUGGGAUCUGACAAUAUAAGAUUAAUGUGAUUAAUGUGACAACUCCGGAGAUUGUAGAACCGUCUAUUUUCUAAUCUAUCACCCAUAUGUUCUAUUAUUUCUGGACAUCUCUAUGGGCACACAGUAUUUGUUUUUUUCUCCUAGCCGAGUGAUGCCUUUUGCUAUUCUGACUGACACACCAAAUAACCAAUCAGAACAUCUACCGAAGACAAAUUCCUUGUAAAUGUAAUUUUACUUGGCCAAUAAAUCUGAAAUCUGAAUCUGAAUCUGAAAAAUCUGAGUUAGGUAGCGUGUUGGUUUGUUUAGCUGGGGUGCUCGGUAGAGCUGAGGAAAACAAUCUAAUAAUUGAUGCAUUAAGAUGUGGACAUAAAAUAUAAUAAAUUGUUGAAUGAACACACCAGAAUCAAUGAUGGCAGUAACUUGUGCCGUCUCUAAGCGGUCGUUGCAUUUAUUCUCACACAUCUGCUCGAUCUGGAAAACUCUGGGUCAAUGUUCUGCUCUAAACUUUGCAUUUGGCUUCGUGACAUUAUUUGGGGAUGUUCGUUUGUGAUUCAGCGAGUCUUUCCACUGUGGCUGCCGACCAGAGCGUUGUUUAUCCUGUUUGUGUCAUGAGACGGGUUUUUCCACUGAAAUAAUUAUCUAAUGGGUAAAAUCAUUUGUGGAUGGGGAACAUGUGUGGACAACUGAGACCUUCAGUAUUGUGGUUCCUCCGUUCUACCACUAGAUGCUGUUCCUAAGCAUGGUCUGAGGUUUUCCCAUAAUUAGGAACAUUUCCAUGCACAAGUACAGAAUGAAGAAUACCACAUACAACAUAAAUUUGUUCGAGAUACGCAGAGAUAUGUGCAUAAGUAUGGUUCAUAAAUGAAGCCCCAGGUUCCUUUUGUCAGAAAAACAGCCCAAAAGCAUGAUGUUUUCACUCCCAUGCUCUGUAGUAGGUAUGAUGUUUUUUGGAUGCAACUCAGCGUUCUUUCUCCUCCAAACACAGAGCGUAGUUUUUUCCAAAAAGUUCUAUUUUGCUUUCAUCUGACCAUAUAGCAUUCCCCUAAUCAUCUUCUGAAUCAUCCAAGUGCUCUCUAGCAAACUUCAGACAGGCCUGCACAUGUCGACAGGCCGGGCACUGCAGGGUUUGAGUCCCUGGUGAUGUAGUCUGUUACUGAUAGCCUUUGUAACUUGGUCUUGUAUGCUUUCCACUUUCUGGUUAUUGCUCCCACAGUUGAUUUUGUAACACCAAGCUGCAUAUCUGUUGCAGAUUCAAUCUUCCUAGCCUGGUGCAGGACUACAAUUUUGGUUCUGGUGUCCUUUGACAGCUCUUUGGUCUUAGCCAUAGUGGAGUUGGAUUUGUAACAGUUUGAGGUUGCCGACAGGUGUCUUAUAUACUGAUAGUGAGUUCCAACAGGUGCCAUUAAUUCAGGUAACGAGUGGAGGUCAGAAGAGCUUCUUACAGAAGAUGUUACAGGUCUUUGAGAGCUAGAAAGAUUGUUGUUUGUACGAGACAAAAUACUUAUUUUUCACCAUAAUUUGCAAAUGCAUUUUUUAAAAUCUAAAAAAGGGGAUUUUCUGGAUUUUCUUUUCUCAUUUUGUCUUUCAUAGUUGAGGUAUACCUAUGAUGAAAAUUACUAGCCUGGCCAGCCAUGCCAAUGCUUCCUUAUGGGAAGCAAAGGGCCUAGGAACGCUCCCAUUCAAAUAAUCCCACCCCUGAGAUUCUAGCCGACCCAAUCGGUGCUGAGCAGCGUACCUCACACACCACGACGCUCAGUUUCUCAUGAACAACGAAGAUGGCGUCUGAAGUUUGCUGCGGCUCUUUCCUCAGUUCUAAAUGACUUGGACCUGUCUUUCAAACCACAUAAAGAAGCACUAAAAGCCUUUGCUCUAAAGAAAGACUUUUGCGCCAUCACCAGACACCAUCUUUGACUACAGCUAAAAAAAACCUGUGUUGCGUGAUACAGCCAUCAUUUUUGCCUUCUUUCUGAUUGUUUUGCUUUUUUUUUUUGCUUGCUAGUCCCUCCCCUCAUAGUGCUCUCUGCCUCUGAGGCCUAGUCCACACGUAGCCGUAGUUUUUUAAAAACGAAUAUCCGCCCCUCCAAAAACUUGCAUCCACACCACCGCGUUUUAAAAACAAACUCUGUCCACACGUACCCGGAUAAAUACGUUGUUAUGGACAUGCCAGACCUGUAGGCAGCAGUACUUCCCCCGUUCUUAACCUCGUCCUUCGUCUGUGAUCUUCCGCAAGGAGCAGUAAUUCUGCUUGCAAACACAAACAAGCAGAAAGCGCUUGGACAAUUGAUGGAUCGGGUAGUGACAGAGCGCAGCUCUGAGGGCUUCCAUGAUGCCGGCUAGUGUAAACACAGGUCGCACACGUGAUGUCAGCAUUUUUUUGUCGCGGAAAGUGACGUUGCGGACCUUAAAACUCCGGUUUUGUCCGUCCACACGCAGACACCCAAAACGGAGAAAAUGCAGAUCUUCAAUUUGGCCGGAGUUUUUAAAAAGAUCAGUUUUCGUGUGAAAAACUCAGUUUUCGUGUGGAUGACAGGCCAAAAUGUAGAAACAUAUCUACGUUUUGGCAGAUCCCCGGCUACGUGUGGACAGGGCCUGAGUAUCCAGACCCAUCCUCUGUCUGUUCUACACAGAGGGUGCGUCUAGCAACCUAGAAAAUUACAAGCCUCAUCUUUUGAAGUGGGAGAUUUUGCACAAAUGGUGGCUAACUGUUUUUUUUUUUGCCCCACUGUAUUUAUGCAUGUAAGAUUUGCCACAUCCUGGAUGUGACUGGGAAUCUACCCCAUCAUAGUGGAUGUUGGUUUGGUCACACAGCGCAGGAAGUACUGUUUAGAGUUCAACAACCGCACACACACAUUCCACUGACACAACAGAACACCAUGCAGCUCAUCAUUCUACCUGACAUAAACCAGAUGUAAUCAAACCAAGCCUGCUUUUUAUUUCUUCAUUUUCUUAAAGGCUGGUUCUUUGAGCUGACUGAAAAAGUCACAGUUGACAGAUUUUAAAAGAAUGUUUCACAUAUGUGUGUUUCAGAUAAUAGAAUAGAAUAAUCAAUUUUUCAUCCAAAUACGGCCUUCAGCUCACCAAACACACAAGACGACUCAAGAAAAUUAAAAGCAGAAGCAAAACUUUUGCUUGGUAGCUCCAUCCAGGUUUUAGAACCUCUAUCUGGGAUCUGUUCUUUCUUGUUUCCUCAUCCUGCAAUAAUAGAUGUAGUAG